GUCGGGGCCAGAGUGUAAUAUGGCGAAGACCUACGAUUACCUGUUCAAGCUGCUGCUGAUCGGGGACUCGGGGGUGGGGAAGACGUGUGUCCUGUUCCGCUUCUCCGAGGACGCCUUCAACUCCACCUUCAUCUCCACCAUAGGAAUCGACUUUAAAAUUCGCACUAUAGAACUCGAUGGCAAGAGGAUCAAACUGCAGAUAUGGGACACGGCCGGGCAGGAGCGCUUCCGGACCAUCACCACGGCCUACUACCGGGGAGCCAUGGGCAUCAUGCUGGUCUAUGACAUCACCAACGAGAAAUCCUUCGACAACAUCCGCAACUGGAUCCGGAACAUCGAGGAGCAUGCAUCUGCAGACGUGGAGAAGAUGAUUCUGGGGAACAAGUGUGACGUGAAUGACAAGAGACAAGUGUCCAAGGAGCGGGGAGAGAAGCUGGCCCUCGAUUACGGGAUCAAGUUCAUGGAGACCAGCGCCAAGGCCAACAUCAACGUGGAGAAUGCCUUUUUUACUCUCGCCAGAGACAUCAAAGCAAAAAUGGACAAAAAAUUGGAAGGCAACAACCCACAGGGCAGCAGCCAGGGGGUCCGGAUCACUGCCGAGCAGCAACGGAGAAGCAGCUUCUUCCGAUGCCGCCUCCUCUGAGCCGCUUCCGGUGCCGCCUCCCCAAGAGCCGCUUCUGGUGCCACUUCUGGUGAGCCGGCCUGGCCAUGCCCACUGUGCUGGACAGCCUUGGCCCGCUGGAUCACACCCUGGCCACUGUCGGACCCUUUCUGCUCUGGACAUGGGAGACGUGGACAUUUGCUGGGCUCCGCAUGCGUACUCGGGCUAGCCCAGGGCCACAGCGCCCGGCCGCCCUCGGGGAGCGCCGGGGACCCCCGUGCCCACGGCCCUGCACUCAGCCACCCGGGCCACCGGCAUCGGACACGCUCUCAGAGCCAAGAUUUUAUUUUUCCAGGUGGUGAAUGCCCAUCCCGGGUGCCCACCCACAUCCCCAUUCCAGCGGCCAUGGCCUGGUGCAGGGCUUCCUGCACCACUGUGAGCAGCUUCUGAGGUUAGGGGCGCCCGGGCUGGCUCCCCUUGGUCCCGCCGCCCUGUCAGAACCCCUGUGCAAGCACUUGGGAACCGGUGGGGCUUGGCCUGGGAGCUGCCCCAGCCCCACCGACCCUCCCACCUUCUGUCUCCAGCCCCCCACUCCCUGCCGACUGCUGUCACUGAAACUCAGCUCGGAACUGUGUUGAAUUAAACCCGACAUGCCAGCA